AAAAUGAAAAGUUGAGGGACCAAAAUGGUACUUAAACCAAAAAAAAAACAAAAACAAAAUGGCACGCCAAAUUGUGCUUCUUGUUCUCCUGCUCGUCUUUGUUGGCAUGGUCAUUGCCACCGCUGAUAAUGCCGCCGUGAAUGUCCAUGAUAUCAUUGGAAACACUGAUGAUGAUGAUGCUGCUACUCCUAGUGCCAACGAUGGUGCUGCACCAGGUGCCAGCGGUUCUGCUAUUGAGGCACCGAUUGGCAGUGCUGAGAAAGCUAAAGCUCACGUAGGUGAGUACGCCCAGCCUCUAAACCAUGGCGGUGCAAAUGCCCUUGAGAUCUCUGCUGUUGCUGUUGUUGGAGCCGCUGCUGUGGUCAGCUACUUUGUCCUGUAAACUGGUUGCAUGCAUGGAGUCAAGGUUGCUCUGGUGCAGCCUUGAAAAAAAUGUUUUUUUGGGAAUUUGUUAACUUAAUUGUUGAUUGCAUUUUGCUCCUUUUUGUUUUUUUUUUUUUUUGAAAAUUUAAUUCUGGUUUGAACAUUGUGCAUGAUUAUUUUGUGCUGAAUAAGGCAGAAAAAAAAAAAGAAUUAAUCUU